UUUAGAGUAGUUUAGACUAGAUAGUAUAAAUAUGUAAUGAGUUUUGGAGUAUGUAUCAAACAAAAUCUACUGUUCAAAGACAAUUAUCAUAUUCAAAAUCAAAAUGUUUAAAUUGGUAUUACUCUCUGCCGCUCUUUUGGCUUUAUCCGCUGCCGCACCAGCACCUGAGCCAAAGCCAGCACCAAAAGCUGAUCCAAAAGCACAGUUCUUAGCAGCUCCAGUUGUAGCUGCUCCUGCUGUAGCCUACUCUUCUGCAUACGUCGAUGCACCUCUUGCCUAUUCCAGUUAUGUAGCUCCCUCUGUGUAUCCUGCUGCAUAUUCUGCAUAUUCGCCAUACGCUGCUUCUUAUGUAUAUUAUUAG